AACUGAACUGUUGUUUUCAUAGGGAAAUGACCGACUGUGUUUCCUCAGCUUAGAAAAGAAAGGGCAUUUUGCUCCUCCCAGCCAAAAUGUGGGAAGUGAUGAGGAGGGCUUGUGGGAGUGUCUGGGGAGGUGGACCCCACCAUGAUGUGAGAGGCCUACAGGGAACCCACAGCAAAAUUAGUAUUAAAAAGGUUUGUCCAGGAAGCACAGAUGGGAGUUGGUCACUCCGCAUUUUGAGCACUCCUGGAGGUGUUUAGACCUUCGGAGAGAAAAACUUACACACAUGAAAGGGAAGAAAUGACUAAGUGGUGAGACCCUGUGGAGUCCCACCCACAACCAGCACACUGUGGCCCACUGCACAAACCCCUAGGCCACAGCUCACUUCCUCCUUUAACAAAAGGAGAAGAGAGGAGAGGAGAGGACGGGAGGGAAGAGGAGAAGAGAGGGGGAAGAGAAGAGAAAAGAAAAAAGAAAAGAAAAGAAAAAGUGGGAAACAAAUAAUCUAAGAAUGAGGAGAAAACAAGAAGAAUGACACCCUUGUGGGCACUCCAUUGGUUUUAUGGCGCCUCUACUUGCUGGAGUUUGUGUAAAACAAAAAUAUUAUGGUCUUUGUGCACAUUUACAUCAAGCUCAGCCUGGACGGCACAGCGAGAUGUGAGAUGCGUCUCUGCUGAUCUGAGUUUGCCUGCAGCAUGGACCUGUGUCUUCCCUGAAGCAUCUCCAGGGCUGGAGAGAUAACUGGCAAGCACCAAGAGACCCUGUGUGUCUCUGUCCUGCCAGCACCAAGGGCUCAUCCAUCCGCAGAGCAGGACAGUGGGAGGAGAAGCCAUGACCCCCAUCCUCAUGGUCCUGAUCUGUCUCGGGCUGAGUCUGGGCUCCAGGACCCGCGUGCAGGCAGGGACCUUUCCCAAGCCCACUCUCUGGGCUGAGCCAGGGUCUAUGAUCAGCAAGGGGAGUCCUGUGACCCUCAGGUGUCAGGGGAGCCUUCCGGUUCAGGACUACCGUCUACAAAGGGAAAAAAAAACAGCAUCCUGGGUUAGACGGAUACAACAAGAGCUUGUCAAGAAGGGCUAUUUUCCCAUUGCAUCCAUCACCUCGGAACACGCAGGGCAGUAUCGCUGUCAGUAUUACAGCCACAGUUGGUGGUCAGAGCCCAGCGACCCCCUGGAGCUGGUGGUGACAGGAGCCUACAGCAAACCCACCCUCUCAGCCCUGCCCAGCCCUGUGGUGGCCUCAGGAGGGAACGUGACCCUCCAGUGUGACUCACAGGUGGUUGGUGGCUUCGUUCUGUGUAAGGAAGGAGAAGAUGAACACCCACAAUGCCUGAACUCCCAGCCCCAUACCCGUGGGUCAUCCCGGGCCGUCUUCUCCGUGGGCCCCGUGAGCCCGAGUCGCAGGUGGUCGUACCGGUGCUAUGGUUAUGACUCACGCUCUCCCUAUGUGUGGUCUUUACCCAGUGAUCUCCUGGAGCUCCUGGUCCCAGGUGUUUCUAAGAAGCCGUCACUGUCAGUGCAGCCGGGUCCUGUCGUGGCCCCUGGGGAUAAGCUGACCCUCCAGUGUGGCUCUGAUGCCGGCUACAACAGAUUCGCUCUGUAUAAGGAGGGAGAACGUGACUUCCUCCAGCGCCCUGGUCGGCAGCCCCAGGCUGGGCUCUCCCAGGCCAACUUCCUCCUGGACCCUGUGAGGCGCUCCCACGGGGGCCAGUACAGAUGCUCCGGUGCACACAACCUCUCCUCCGAGUGGUCGGCCCCCAGUGACCCCCUGGACAUCCUGAUCGCAGGACAGAUCCGUGGCAGACCCUCCCUCUUGGUGCAGCCGGGCCCCACGGUGGUCUCAGGAGAGAACGUGACCCUGCUCUGUCAGUCCUCGUGGCAGUUCCACGUUUUCCUUCUGACACAGGCGGGAGCAGCUGAUGCCCACCUCCAUCUAAGAUCAAUGUACAAAUAUCCCAAGUACCAGGCUGAAUUUCCCAUGAGUCCUGUGACCUCAGCCCACGCGGGGACCUACAGGUGCUACGGCUCACACAGCUCUGACUCCUACCUGCUGUCCAUCCCCAGUGACCCCCUGGAGCUCGUGGUCUCAGGACCCUCCGGAGGCCCCAGCUCCCCCACAACAGGCCCCACCUCCACAUGUGGCCCUGAGGACCAGCCCCUCACCCCCACGGGGUCGGACCCCCAGAGUGGUCUGGGAAGGCACCUGGGGGUUGUGACUGGCGUCUUGGUGGCCUUCGUCCUGUUGCUCUUCCUCCUCCUCCUCCUCUUCCUUGUCCUCCGACAUCGACGUCAGGGCAAACGUUGGACAUCAGCCCAGAGAAAGGCUGAUUUCCAACAUCCUGCAGGGGCUGUGGAGCCAGAGCCCAGAGACAGAGGCCUUCAGAGGAGGUCCAGUCCAGCUGCCAACACCCAGGAAGAAAACCUCUAUGCUGCCGUGAAGGACACACAGCCUGAGGACGGGGUGGAGCUGGACAGUCGGAGCCCACACGAUGAAGACCCCCAGGCAGUGACGUAUGCCCGGGUGAAACACUCCAGACCUAGGAGAGAAAUGGCCUCCCCUCCCUCCCCACUGUCCGAGGAAUUCCUGGACACAAAGGACACACAGGCUGCUGCAUCUGAAGACCCCCAGGAUGUGACCUACGCCCAGCUGCAGAGCUUGACCCUCAGACGGGAGACAACUGAGCCUCCUCCAUCCCAGGAAAGGGAACCUCCAGUUGAGUCCAGCAUCUACGCCACCCUGACCAUCCACUAGCCCAGAGGGGACCCAGACCCCACAUUCCAGGGAGUCUGGGACGCAUGGGAGUUGCCCCCAGUGGACACCAUUGAACCCCAGCCAGCCUGGACCGACACCAGGAGAUGCUGGGAACUUUUAGGGGUCACUCAGUUCUGCAGUAUAAAUAACUAACAUCUAUACAUUUUUGAAAUAAAGCAACAGACUUUUCAAUAAUCA